AAAAGUUUUUUCUCCUAAAUUUUGUUCCAUGCUCGUUCAGAAUGCAGCUAUUUGUGAAGUGCCCCACUGGCAGGACAAUCUGCCUCAGGGUCCAGCCAUCAGAUACCCUCCUUGCUGUCAAGGCAAAGAUUCAGGAACACCACCGCCUUUUCAUCGAUGGAAAGCAGCUGGAGGACAACCUUACAUUGGCUGAUUACGGCAUCCAGCAUAAGUCCACGCUUGACCUCCAAGAAAGUAUGCAAAUCUAUGUAAAGGAGACGCUAGCAGGCUUGACCAUCACUGUCGAGGUUGACAGCUUAGAUACCAUUGGCAAGGUGAAGUCCAAAAUUCAAGAUACUCAGGGCUUUCCCAAGGGUCAGCAGUGCCUCAUCUUUGCCGACAAGCAGCUGGAGGAUGAUAGCACCUUGGCAGACCUUAACAUUCUGAAGGAGUCCGCUCUUCUCCUUGUUCUCCGUCCGGGCAGUCCAGGUGGUAGGAUGCAGAUCUUCGUGAAAAUGGUAGAUGGAAAUAGCCAAACCUUUUGGGUUGCGAGCUCAGAUUCUGUGGACAGUGUCAAGGUGAAGAUCUACGAGGUGUCAGGCAUUCCCCCCAAACAGCAACGCCUCAUCUAUGCUGGCAAGCAGCUGCAGAACGGUCACAUACUGGAGGACUAUAACGUUCAGAGGGAUUCUACCCUCCACUUGGCGCUCUGCCUUUGUGGUUGUUGAGUUGGAUGAUAUGAUCAUUCGACGAGUAUUGCUGCAGUCUUCUUUCCAGCGUAAUUUAGCAGUAAAAUUACUGUUGCAGCAGUCCUCUUUUCUUU